UACGAUACAGACAUUAUAUACUACCUUAUGACGCAUCAUAUAACCUAUACACCAGUUUUUACACAUUUAUAACCUCUUAUUGCAGCUUAAAGCACAUUUAUAGACUAUAAUUAAGCGUACAACACAUCAAAUACCAAUAUACCACCUUAUAACACAUCAUACAACCACUAUAUGACAAAUAACACAACCUCAGCUACAAUCACCAUACAAUCAUUACACACGUAUUCUCUAUAUAUACCACCUUAUAACACAUCAUACAACCACUAUAUGACAAAUAACACAACCUCAGCUACAAUCACCAUACAAUCAUUACACACGUAUUCUCUAUAUAUACCACCUUAUAACACAUCAUACAACCACUAUAUGACAAAUAACACAACCUCAGCUACAAUCACCAUACAAUCAUUACACACGUAUUCUCUAUAUAUACCACCUUAUAACACAUCAUACAACCACUAUAUGACAAAUAACACAACCUCAGCUACAAUCACCAUACAAUCAUUACACACGUAUUCUCUAUAUAUACCACCUUAUAACACAUCAUACAACCACUAUAUGACAAAUAACACAACCUCAGCUACAAUCACCAUACAAUCAUUACACACGUAUUCUCUAUAUAUACCACCUUAUAACACAUCAUACAACCACUAUAUGACAAAUAACACAACCUCAGCUACAAUCACCAUACAAUCAUUACACACGUAUUCUCUAUAUAUACCACCUUAUAACACAUCAUACAACCACUAUAUGACAAAUAACACAACCUCAGCUACAAUCACCAUACAAUCAUUACACACGUAUUCUCUAUAUAUACCACCUUAUAACACAUCAUACAACCACUAUAUGACAAAUAACACAACCUCAGCUACAAUCACCAUACAAUCAUUACACACGUAUUCUCUAUAUAUACCACCUUAUAACACAUCAUACAACCACUAUAUGACAAAUAACACAACCUCAGCUACAAUCACCAUACAAUCAUUACACACGUAUUCUCUAUAUAUACCACCUUAUAACACAUCAUACAACCACUAUAUGACAAAUAACACAACCUCAGCUACAAUCACCAUACAAUCAUUACACACGUAUUCUCUAUAUAUACCACCUUAUAACACAUCAUACAACCACUAUAUGACAAAUAACACAACCUCAGCUACAAUCACCAUACAAUCAUUACACACGUAUUCUCUAUAUAUACCACCUUAUAACACAUCAUACAACCACUAUAUGACAAAUAACACAACCUCAGCUACAAUCACCAUACAAUCAUUACACACGUAUUCUCUAUAUAUACCACCUUAUAACACAUCAUACAACCACUAUAUGACAAAUAACACAACCUCAGCUACAAUCACCAUACAAUCAUUACACACGUAUUCUCUAUAUAUACCACCUUAUAACACAUCAUACAACCACUAUAUGACAAAUAACACAACCUCAGCUACAAUCACCAUACAAUCAUUACACAUGUAUUCUCUCUAUAUAUACCAGGUAAUUACACAUGUAUUGUCUCUAUAUAUACCAGGUAUUUACACACGUAUUCUCUCUAUAUAGCAGGUAAUUACACGCAUAUUGUCUCUAUAUAUAGCAGGUAAUUACACAUGUAUUGUCUCUAUAUAUAGCAGGUAAUUACACGCGUAUUGUCUCUAUAUACCAGGUAAUUACACACGUAUUACUAUAUACAGCAGGUAAUUACACAUGUAUUACACAUGUAUUGUCUCUAUAUAGCAGGUAAUUACACAUGUAUUACACAUGUAUUGUCUCUAUAUAGCAGGUAAUUACACAUUUAUUACACGCGUAUUGUCUCUAUAUAGCAGGUAAUUACACACGUAUUACUAUAUACAGCAGGUAAUUACACAUGUAUUGUCUCUAUAUACCAGGUAAUUACACAUGUAUUGUCUCUAUAUAUAGCAGGUAAUUACACAUUUAUUACACGCGUAUUGUCUCUAUAUAGCAGGUAAUUACACACGUAUUACUAUAUACAGCAGGUAAUUACACAUGUAUUGUCUCUAUAUAGCAGGAAAUUACACAUGUAUUGUCUCUAUAUAGCAGGUAAUUACACAUGUAUUGUCUCUAUAUACCAGGUAAUUACACACGUAUUACUAUAUACAGCAGGUAAUUACACAUGCUAAAUUAAACUUCGCUCCAACAGCAUGUACACCUUGAUAACAUCUGCUACAAUAACUAGACCAUAUUAUUAGACAUGUUUUAUAACUAUAUUCCAGGUUAUUACACAAACUGAUACACCUAAUUACGCGUCUAUUAGCUAUGUAAAAGAUUAUAACACCUUUAUAACCUCUGCUACAAUACUACAGUAUUCCACAUACACCAUACACUACACUUAUCUAAUUAGCUAAUUACACAUGUAUUACAUAUUUAGCAGGUUACAUAACUCCUAACCAGUUUAUAAAUCAUGCAACCAGUUAGUAAAGUCCCACUGAAGCCCUAGCUCCUGUUGGUCAGUAGAUCUGAAGCCCUAGCAUCUAUUGGUCAGUAGAUCUGAAGCCCUAGCAUCUAUUGGUCAGUAGAUCUGAAGCGCUAGCACCUAUUGGUCAGUAGAUCUGAAGCCCUAGCUCCUAUUGGUCAGUAGAUCUGAAGCCCUAGCAUCUAUUGGUCAGUAGAUCUGAAGUCCUAGAAUCUAUUGGUCAGUAGAUCUGAAGCCCUAGCUCCUAUUGGUCAGUAGAUCUGAAGCCCUAGCUCCUAUUGGUCAGUAGAUCUGAAGCCCUAGCUCCUAUUGGUCAGUAGAUCUGAAGCCCUAGCAUCUAUUGGUCAGUAGAUCUGAAACCCUAGCAUCUAUUGGUCAGUAGAUCUGAAGCCCUAGCUCCUAUUGGUCAGUAGAUCUGAAGCCUUAGCACCUAUUGGUCAGUAGAACUAGGAAUGAUCAGUGGUUGUAGAACACAUGAGACUGAUGUUUGUUCUCUC